AUGACAAUGGACAAGGUGACGUUUCUCGGCGAGCACCGAGACGGCAGCAACCCCCCUCCCCCUCCAACGUCUUCCCCUCCCCGCCCCGGUGAGCAUAAAAUGUUUCCCAAGUCGGAACAUGAUGUGGAAGAAGAGGAAGAUGUGGAAGUGAUGCAGGUGGUAGCCAAUGGUCCCGUGAGCCUUCGCACCAAGAAGCAGAGGAUAGUUGGCAUCAAUGGUAUCUCAUCGACUGAAGAGGAAGGCAACAACAUGGAACGUCCUAUGUCGUGGGAAGGAGAACUGUCCGAUGACGAACUGACGGACAGCAGGAACACUCCUCCUCCACCACAGAUCACGGGUUGUCACAAUGUCUUGACAACUGUCGUCAGCACGACUAGCCUUCCUGGUCGUCUUUUGAGCAGUCCAAUGUGUAUGGACGAAGAACAUCACAACAGCGUGACACGGGUUGUAAAGGUGAGAAGUGAAAAUCUCGAGAAUUUGGAAUUGCGUGAAAACACAAUUACUGUCAGAAACAACAUUGGAAGCUGUGGAUCUAUUUCCUCAAGCUCUGGUCCUCACACAACAAUUAGUCUCAUAAAACCUUCAUCUCCUUCUCCAUAUAAUCUUCCUGUCCAGGCUAACUCUUCUUCUGACCGUCCACCUGCCGCACAUAGUGCUUUUUACGAAUCUCUAGUAAAUCACCAGAACCCUACUUCUUCGAGAAACUUGAUUGGAUAUAGUGGCCCAUACAGUCAAACUCCCAGCCCCAUCCUCACCCGUCCCACCAGCAGCUCUAGUUCCCGUUCUUCCUACUCUCCGAGCCAGAGUCCGUUGAUGGGCAGAUACGUUAGUAGUGCCUCAUCAAUAUACUCGCACACUCAGAGUCCAGUCCUCUCCCGACACACAGCUGGAAACAGUAGCGAUGGAUCAGCAUGUUCCCCCACAGGCAGUCCAUUGCAAAGCCGGCAUAUUACAAUAGAAGGCCCAGUAUUUUCUCCUUCUCAAAGUCCUAACCAGGGUCGAAGAGGCGACUUAGAGUGCUUUUCACCUGCUAGAAGUCCCGGGCAUUUAAGUGGUUCCAACAUAUCUCGCCAUCGGCCUUACAAUGUAUCUGUUUCACCUGGUUUGAUACACAAAGCCAGUUCAAGUACAUCUGACCAAAGCUGCGUGUUAGAGAAUUCCACCGUUCACCCAUCAUAUCAGUAUACAUCCCAAGAACACCUUGGAAUAGAAGCAAGGCUUAAUCAAGUGUCUCCUUUAUCUCAACAUCCAACCCCAGAAGCAAGAUCAACAACAUCUAGUGCCUCAGUUGCCUCUAGUGCCUCUGAUGAAUCUAAUGCGAGCGAUUUUUCAAGUCCAACUCGAAGGCCGUCCAGUGAUAAUCUUGAUGACAGUAGAUUGCAGCUGCUUAGUGAUCUUUCUCAGCCGCCAAACCUCGGCGGUCCACCCGGAAUUUCUCGGCAGCAACUUCUCAGCGGACCUUGUCCGAUUUGUGGCGAUAGAAUAUCUGGAUUCCACUACGGAAUCUUCUCAUGUGAAAGUUGCAAAGGCUUUUUCAAAAGAACUGUUCAGAAUAAGAAGAAUUAUGUUUGUUUACGAGGAGCUAAUUGCCAUGUUUCUAUCAGCACAAGGAAGAAGUGCCCUGCUUGUCGUUUUAAUAAAUGCCUUCGAAUGGGCAUGAAAUUAGAAGCCAUUAGAGAAGAUAGAACAAGAGGUGGGCGUAGUACAUACCAGUGUUCCUACACUUUGCCUACCACUUCGCAAGGAGAUGAACGUGUGCCUUUCACGGGUGAUAUCAGUAUUUCUCCUUCAUUGCUACCCAGUGAUUGUCAUAUAAAACAGGACAUUUCCUCCUCCAGGUCUUCCAAAGAAUCUGCAGGUGCCAAUUCACCUGAUGAACAAAAUCAACCUAUCGUACCACCUCUGAUUCAUGACAUCCUUUCCGUUGAGCAUCUAUGGCACUAUACAGAUAGAGAUUCAUCAAGAUCAUCAAACCAGGGUACAAGCAAAAUACCUGAUGCGGAUCAAGAUUUCUUGAGUAAUCUAUGCAAUAUUGCUGAUAACAGACUGUACAAAAUUGUAAAAUGGUGCAAAAGUUUACCUUUGUUUCGAGAAAUUGGGAUGGAUGAUCAAAUUGCACUCUUGAUCAACUCCUGGUGUGAAUUAUUGUUGUUGAGCUGUUGUUACAGGUCUAUGUCAACUCCUAAUGAAAUUAGAAUAUCUCAUGAGAAAUCUGUCACGGUUUCUCAGGCACAAGCUAUGGGACUGAGCCCUGUGAUAGAGCGAAUGAUAAACCUCACGGAGCACCUCAGGAGAUUACAAGUGGAUCAAUAUGAAUAUGUAUCAUUAAAAGUCAUCAUCCUCUUAACCUCAGAUGCUCAUGGUUUAAAAGAACCUGACAAAGUACGCGCUUGUCAAAAGGAAGUUUUGGAGGCACUACAAAAUUACACUGCUUCACAUUACCCUCAUCAACCCAGUAAAUUUGGAGAACUUUUGCUUCGGCUUCCUGAACUCGAAAGGGCUUGUCAGGUUGGCAAAGACUCUUUGACAACGAAACAAAGAACUGGUGACAUGCCCAGUUUUAACCUUUUGAUGGAACUUCUUCGCGGAGACCAUUGAUCAAUCUAUGCAUCAUUCUCAACUUCUUUUAACCGGUGGCAUACUUAUCAUUUGCUGUUACCCAAAGAGAGUUUGAAAUCGUUCUGCAAAUUUUUGACCCCUUGAAUUUUAUCAGUUUUGUUAUCGCAAUGAUUUGAAGUUGGAAUUUUAGUUGUUAGUUGUGCUGUGA